AUGCCGCUCCAGAUACGAAGGGAAGGCGUCGUCUCCUUCUUGAGGGAGAACCUUCUGACUCUGCUAACGGUCAUCGGGGUAGUAUCAGGUACUCUUCUUGGAUGGGGCUUGAGAGCCACUGGGUAUGAGUGGACGCGGCGAGAGGUCAUGUACUUCCAGUACCCUGGGGAGCUCUUUCUCAGGAUGCUGAAGUGUUUGAUCGUUCCACUACUGGUUUCGUCUAUUGUUUCUGCCAUUGGGUCGUUAGAUCUCAGCUUGUCUGGCAAGGUUGGUUUACGUGCUAUAAUUUACUAUAUGACGACAACUGUGUGCGCUGUUAUGCUGGGAAUCGCUCUGGUGACCACGAUCAAACCUGGAAAAGACCCGGAAUCCUACAGCCAACCCACUGCGACCAAACUUAUCAAAAAGGACACUCUCACAUCCGACACUUUACUUGACUUAAUACGAAACGUGUUCCCGGAAAAUAUAGUGCAAGCAACGAUCGCUUCCUACCGAACGAGGCUCGUUUAUGACGUAAAUGAUACAAAAUCUAUUAGAGGGCAUUUGGAGACAUAUAAAAUUGACGGCGAUUACCAGAAGGGGAGCAAUGUUUUGGGCUUGGUUUGCUUUAGCAUCGUUUUGGGAAUUACACUCGGAAAGAUGGGCGAACAAAGUCGACCGCUACAAAACUUUUUCCACGCUCUAUCCGAAGCUAUGAUGAUUAUCACUGGCUGGGUGAUUUGGUUAUCGCCACUUGGUGUAUUCUUUCUUGUCACUGCUAAGAUUAUGGAGAUAGACUCGUUUUCCGAACUAGUUGGUAGACUGGGUCUGUACUUCAUGACUGUUCUGCUUGGUCUUUUCCUUCACGGCUUUGGGACUUUGAGCAUUCUUUUUGUCCUUGCUACGAAGAAGCUCCCGUGCCGAUACAUAGCUAAGAUGGGGCAAGUCAUGGCCACUGCGUUUGGUACUGCAUCGAGUUCUGCAACGAUGCCAAUAACAAUAGGCUGUUGUGACGAAAUGGGUCUGGACCCCCGCAUCACCCGCUUCGUCAUUCCAAUUGGUGCUACCAUCAACAUGGACGGAACAGCUCUAUAUGAAGCUGUUGCUGCUAUAUUCAUCGCUCAGCUCCGCAAGGUGGAAAUGUCGUUUGGGAAAAUUGUUGCCGUAAGUGUAACAGCCACAGCUGCUAGUAUAGGAGCAGCUGGUAUUCCCCAAGCCGGGUUGGUUACAAUGGUAAUGGUACUAGACACAGUCAACCUACCUGCUGAGGAUGUCUCAAUUAUUCUUGCCGUGGACUGGCUUCUUGAUCGAUUCAGAACAACAAUCAACGUGGUAUGCGACGCGUUAGGCGCUAUUAUUGUGACGUCACUCUCCCAAGCGGAUAUCGAAAAGUGUCGGGCCACUCAAAACAAUGACAGAGAAGGCCCAGCGCAUGAACUCAGCGAUCUAGAGAAAGGUGAACAUUGA